AGUCCAGCCGCAAGCGCAAACUACCCUUCACAUAAUGAAGAAAACUACAAAACGUCAACCAACUAACUUGUUCCACCCGAACUCUACAAUCUCCACUGAUUCAUCACCAGACCCAUCAAAAUUCUAUUUCCCUCAAUAACCCAAAAUUCCACUUUCCCCAUCCACUCCUUGAGCAACUUCAUUUUUGCAUUUCCCGUUGCCCUCUGCUGAAAUCUAACCAGUUUUUUCAACUAUGUUUAUGGGUUUCUUCUGAAAAUUUCUUGCCUUUCACUCCAAAGUUUCCGUGGCGCAUGCUGCGGUAGCUUAAUUUAGCCAUUAUCUGUGAUGGGUUCCUUCCCAAAGUCGAUGAAAUCUGCAAUUUUCUUCAUAAUUUCAUCACUUUUUCUGGUUUCUACAACUACCCAGGAAGAAGGAUUCAUAUCUGUGGUCGUAUCCAGAAAGGGUCUUGAUUUCACCAAGGACUUGCUGAUAGAACAGGCUGUUUCCUCCAUAAUCCCCCUUAAGCUGCCCGAAAUAAAAAAGUCGAUCAAAAUCCCACUUGUUGGCAAAGUUCAUAUUGUUCUGUCGAAUAUCUUAAUUUACAAUGUGGAAAUUGGCUCUUCAUAUGUGGAGACUGGUGACUCUGGUAUUGCUUUAAUUGCUUCAGGAGCCACUGCAAAUUUGAGCAUGGAUUGGAAGUAUACUUAUAGCACUUGGUUAUUUGAUAUUUCAGAUAGUGGGGAUGCCUCCAUUCAGGUUGAAGGUAUGGAAGUGGGUGUUACCUUAGCUUUGAAGGACCAAGAAGGAACCCUUAAGCUGUCUGUUUUGGAAUGCGGUUGCUAUGUGAAAGAUAUCACCAUUAAGUUAGAUGGUGGAGCAUCUUGGCUUUACCAAGGAUUAGUGGAUGCCUUUAAAGGCCAAAUAAUUUCUGCAGUUGAAGAUAAUAUUUCCAAUAAAGUCAGAGAAGGAAUAGUGAAGCUUGACAGUUUACUACAAUCGCUUCCAAAACAAAUUGCACUGGAUGAUAUUGCAGCUUUGAAUGUUACAUUUGUGGGCAAUCCUGUGUUGAGUAAUUCUUCCAUUGAAUUUCAGAUAAAUGGUCUUUUCACGGCUCGUGAUGAUAAUUCCGCUUCCAGCUUAUACAAUAAAGGUUCACUAGAUCCUGUUCCCUGCAAUGCUCCAGCUAAGAUGGUUGAGAUAUCAUUACAUGAAAAUGUCUUUAGCUCAGUGUCCUUAGUUUUCUACAACGAAAAUUAUAUGCAACGGACAAUCAACAAGAUACCAGAUCAGUCCCUUCUGAACACUGCUCAGUGGAAACACAUUGUUCCUCAACUGUACAAGCAGUACCCAGAUAAAGAUAUGGAACUUAAUAUUUCUGUAUCUUCUCCACCAAUAAUAAGAGUUGCGAACAAUGGCGUUGACUUCACUGUUUACUCUGAUGUGACAAUUGGUGUUGUGGAGGAUGAUGAUGAAGUAAUAUCAGUUGCGUGCAUAUCAUUGGAGAUUCAUGCUUCAUGUUCCCCAAAGAUCUCGAGGAACAAACUAGCUGGCAUUGUUAAAUUGAAUGAUAUUACAGCUUCUUUGAAGUGGAGUGAAAUUGGUAACCUACACAUGCGUCUCGUUCAGGCCAUAUUGUCAACAAUCCUCAAAACUGUUGUUGUGCCGUAUUUGAAUUUAUACCUUUGGAAAGGACUACCUUUACCACUUCCUCGUGGCUUUACACUCAAGAAUUCUGAGAUCCUCUCCACCAAUUCAAGACUUAGAAUAUUCAGCGAUGUUGAGUUUGUAGAAGGAUAACCGACAUCAGUCAGCAGACCGUUAGUUUGAAGCAGACAGUUUGUAUACUAGUAUGUGUUUGUUGUUCUCUGUAAAUCACUGUACAAUAGUAGCGCAAUGCAAAAUCAAAAGCUAAGCGGAGGUUAAAUCGUUGGUUGUUUUCGAUUC